UGCGAAAUGUCAGACAGUUCCGUCGUGUCCGACUCCGACGCCCGUCAGACCUACGACGAUGUCAAGGAUUACUACGGGAAAUGUCUGAAUGACACAAAGGACCUGAAAACGAGUGCCUGCGCGGCUCCGGCAAAGCCUCUACCCAAACACCUGAGCGAUGCGUUGAAAGACAUCCAUCAAGAUGUGUCGUCAAGGUACUUUGGCUGCGGACUGUCUGCCCCGGAAUGCCUGGAGAGCUGCAGCGUCUUGGACCUGGGGAGCGGGAGCGGGAGAGACUGCUACAUGCUGGGCAAACUGGUUGGAGAGAACGGACGAGUGAUCGGGAUAGACAUGACGGAGGAACAGGUGGAAGUGGCUCAAAGAUAUAUUGAUUACCACACACAAAAAUUUGGCUACCGACAACCCAACGUGGAGUUCAUCACUGGAUAUAUCGAGGAUCUGAAAGCUGCCAAACUGGAGGAUGGGAUGUUUGAUAUUAUAAUAUCUAACUGUGUGAUAAACCUGUCUCCGGAUAAGACGGCGGUUCUGAAAGAGGCUUACAGAGUUUUGAAGGAUGGAGGAGAAAUGUACUUUAGCGAUAUGUACAUCAACAAGCGUCUAACACCUGAACUGAAGAAAAACAAAGUUUUAUGGGGAGAGGGGAUCAGCGGAGCUUUGAUGUGGGAAGAGCUUUUCCAGAUUGCGGAAGAGAUCGGUUUCUGCGCUCCUCGGCUGGUCACCGCCAGGCACAUCACGGUGAACGCGGAACUGCAAAGUGCGCUCGGUGACUAUAAAAUAAUCUCUGCCACCUUCCGCUUGUUCAAAAUCCCGCAGGAUGCCCCUAAGGAGAAGAGACGGGUUACUUAUAACGGGGGCAUCACAGGCUGUGAGGAGGAGAUGCAGUUUGAUGCCAACUAUACGUUUAAGGUGGGUGAAGCCGUGGAGGUGGAUGAGGAAUUAUACGCGAUUUUGAAGAAUUCCAGGUUCGAGGAUCAUUUUUCCUUUCUUCCCAUUAAUGAGGAAAGCGGUCCUAGAAGAUGCGGCACCCAAAAGGAGUUUCUGAGCGAUCCGUUUCGGUUUGCAGAAGAAACGAGCAAAGGGACCAAGACAAUGGGCUGCGGCGGAAAAAAGAGCUGUUCCUAAGAAUACAGAUUCCGGGGUUUUAUCCCGUGCCGGAUCUCCGCGUCCUGCCUGUUUUCAAUAUGUUGUAAUAUUUCGCAAAAAAAAUAAAAAAUAAACAUUUUAAGAACC